AUGGCGCACAUCUGCAGGCAGCUGGCGGGCAGCUCGGCCAGUUGCGCGGGCUGGGUCGGACUCAUCGUUGCCACUGCAACCAGCGACUGGGUCCGCACGUGCGGCUACACUCUGGCGGUGUGCGUGAAGAUGGACGAGCUGGGCUCGCGGGGUCUGUGGUCCAAGUGCGUCAUCUCCCCGUCCCUGUACCACUGCGUGGGUCUGGACCAGAUGUUCUCCCUGCCAGCCUACAUCCAGACGUCUCGGGCUCUGAUGGUCUUCGCCUGCCUGCUGGGUCUGCCCGCCAUGCUUCUCAUCCUCAUGUCCAUGCCCUGCGUCCGGCUGCCCAAUGACUCCUCGGCUGUCAAGAAGUGUCGCGCCAAGGUGGGCGGAGUCCUGGUCACCAUCAUGGCUGUCUGUGGCAUCAUAUCCACCAUCUGGUUCCCCAUCGGCGCUCACCAGGAGGAACAUCUGAUGUCCUUCGGCUUCUCCCUGUACGCCGGCUGGGUCGGAGCAGGGCUCUGCAUGCUGGGGGGGUUCGUGAUCUUGUGUUGCCAGGUCGCCAGCGUCGGCAUCCCGUCCAGGGAGAACAGCUUCUUCUACUCCCGACGGGGGAACACUGCCAUGCCGCUGGAUCGGCCCUCCAACCACGCCAAGAGCGAACGAGUCUGA